AACGCAACCCCUACGUGCGACGCACAAAACUAGCUGCUGUUGUUGUUGUUGUGAGUUAAAUGUGUAUUUUUCGUUAAUUAUUCGUGACAGAGUAUUCGCAUCAACACUUUUGCUAUAAGACAACGAACCAUCGUAACAGUAGGCGAACAAAAAUCAGUUCAAUACAUUGUAAUGGGAUUUAUUUAGAGAAAGAGCACGCACUGCAGCGGCUAACGUCAACAGGAUCUUACGUAAUUGUUCUUAAAUCAUUUAAAAUAAGUUUUGUAGGCGUUAAAGUAGAAAUAUGACAGAGUAUCAUAACAAAGCUUUGAGUCUGAAGUAUGAUGUGAGUACAGUCGCUGUCAGGGCGCCCGUGGAAGAGACGAAGAAGAUAGAAAAGAAGAUUCUUGAUGAGGACCAAUAUAUAGAGAGUUUGGAGAAGAUUAUUCAGAGGGACUUUUAUCCAGAUGUCUCUAAACUCCAAGCACAGAAGGAUUAUCUGGAAGCAGAGGAAACUGGAGAUCUGGAGAGGAUGAGGGAGAUAGCCAUCAAAUAUGGGUCUGCGAUGGCUAGAUACACCCCGCGCACCUAUGUGCCACCUGUCACGCCAUCAACAUUUGAGACCCCGGAUGGUCGAAAUGCAUCUCCGUCAUGUUCACACAACAAACGCAGAGCAGCAAGAGGUGACGAAGAAGGAAAAGAUGGUGAUAAGGCAGGGGAGAAGGAACUUCCGUCCCUGGAUCGUUUUCUUGCCAAAAACACGAGUGAGGAUAAUGCGUCCUUUGAGCAGAUUAUGGAGCUUGCUGAAGACAAGGAAAAGCUGAGACACUCAUGGCUUUAUGAUGCAGAGAAUGAAUACAGAGAGAGGCAUGAGCAGAAUCUUGCUCUGCCAUCCACAGAGCAGCAAGCGCUUGAAUGCACAAAAGCAGGGCUGGACACGUGGCAGUAUAAGGCCAAAAAUGCACUCAUGUAUUACCCUGAAGGUGAAAGAGAUGAGACGCUCUUCAAGAAGCCACGUGAAGUCCUGUACAAGAACACACGGUUCACUGGUGACCCUUUCUGUAAAGCCCUAAACAAAUCUCAGAUCCAGCAAGCUGCUGCUCUCAAUGCGCAGUUUAAACAAGGCAAGGUUGGUCCAGAUGGCAAAGAUCUCCUUCCUCAUGAAUCUCCAAAAGUAAACGGAUAUGGAUUUGAGGGAGAGCCCUCACCAGCUCCUGGGGUUGCCGAGUCACCUUUGAUGACGUGGGGUGAGAUUGAGAGCACCCCCUUUCGUCUGGAUGGCUCUGAUACACCUCUUGUGGAGAGAGGUCACGGUCCAUCUUUUAAGAUUCCAGCGCCUGGGAGAAGAGAACGCUUGGGUCUGAAAAUGGCCAAUGAAGCCGCAGCAAAAAACAGAGCAAAGAAGCAGGAAGCCCUGCGCAAAGUCACUGAGAAUUUGGCAAGUCUCACUCCAAAGGGUCUCAGCCCGGCAGCAUUAUCUCCUGCCCUGCAGCGUCUCGUGAACAAAUCAUCCAGUAAAUACACAGAUAAAGCCCUCAGGGCCAGCUACACACCAUCUCCUUCACACGGAAGCAUCGGCUCCAAGACUCCGCUCGGAGGCCUGGCCACACCCACCGGCACACCCACACCUGGUAAAGCCGGAACGCCAACCACCCAGGACCCAGCCUCCAUUACGGACAAUCUGUUACUGCUCCCCAAGAGGAGAAAAGCUGCCGAUUACUUCUGAAGCAGCACAAACGUGGACUUUACAAGACCGGAAUGAGCUGCGCAAAGUAUUUGUUUUAAUUUAAGUGUUGGACCCUGAUUUGUUUUAUUUUGAAUGAAAAAUGUGUAUGCUUAAACAUGUACAGUUUUGUUAUAUUUUAGUUUUUUUAUUUGAAGAUAUUUUUAGCCAAACGGGGCUUUAGAAUUUGACUUUCUUUUAAAAUUGUUUUGAAACUUUUGGAAGCAACAUGUUUGGAAACUGCUUAUCGUUUAUACUGUUAAUGAAGAUUUUCUAUCACCUUGCAAGAUCUCAGAGGCACAUUAAAGAGCAGUUCUACAGAA